AACGUAACCAACGAAACAGCCAAAAACUCCGAGGACCUGAAAUUGUGAACACAAAUACAUGAAAGAGAAAAAUAAAGGAAGGAAUGAGUGAAUUAAGCGAAAACCAAGGACUGUGAAAUGCAGAGUUAGGCUUUAAAUAGAAGGGAAGCGGAGGAGGAGGAACAGAACUCAGAAAGGCAGCAGAGAAGGAAGUGGGAGAGAUGGAGAAUGUCCUUACUAAGACUUCAUCUUCUUCAGCUGAUAGUGAUAUCACUCGAGCUCCUCCUAACUCUCUUCUCCCUCCUAAAAAGGAAGCUGGAGGAUGGAGAUCUGUAAAAUACAUUCUUGGGAACGAGUCAUUCGAGAAACUGGCUUCAAUGGGUCUUAUUGCCAACUUAACAGUGUAUCUACAAACAAGAUUCAACAUGGAUGGUAUUCAGUUGGUUAAUGUGUUCAAUAUUUGGUCUGGUUCCACCAAUGUUACACCCUUGCUUGGUGCUUUCUUAUCUGAUACAUAUCUGGGAAGGUUCCGCACUCUUAUCUGCGGUUCCACGGCGUCUUUCCUGGGCAUGGUCGUCAUGUCCCUAAUUGCAGGCAUUCCAAACUUAAGACCCCUCCACUGCACUGGAGGAUCCAAUUGCCAAAAACCCGAGUUUUGGCAGCUUGGAGUCCUCUAUUUGGGUCUUGGAUUGCUUGCCAUUGGAGCUGGAGGUGUUAGGCCUUGCAACAUUGCCUUUGGAGCUGAUCAAUUUGACACCAGAACUGAAAAGGGAAGAGCCCAACUAGAGAGCUUCUUCAACUGGUGGUAUUUCUCUUUCACGGUGUCUCUGGUGAUAGCUCUCACUGUAGUGGUCUACGUUCAGACUAAUGUGAGUUGGGUUAUAGGUUAUGGCAUACCUGCAGCCUGCUUGUUCUUCUCUAUUGUCAUUUUCUUGAUUGGAAAACACACUUACAUAAUCACAAAGCCGCAAGGAAGCGUUUUUGUUGAUAUGGCCAAAGUGAUCGUAGCAGCCUGUAAGAAGCGUGCAAUGAGUCUUGAAUCAACUCCUGAAAAUUCCUUCUAUGAUCCUCCCUGGAUUGAAUCAGAUCAGCGUGUAACAAAGCUUGCUCACACAAAUAUGUUCAAGUUCUUUGACAAAGCUGCCCUAAUUGCUGAUCCAAGCGAAUUGGAUGACAAAGGUUUGCCCAAGAAUUCUUGGAGAUUAUGUAGUGUUCAACAAGUUGAACAGCUGAAACUAGUGGUAGGACUUGUGCCAGUUUGGAUUACUGGAAUUGGAUGCUUCAUUACCAUGGACCAAAUGAAUACUUUCGGCUUGAUGCAAGCAAUUCAGUCCAACAACAAAAUCCACAAUUUUAAAAUCCCACCAGGUUGGAUGGGCCUUAGUUCAAUGAUUUGCCUUUCAACAUGGAUAUUCAUUUACGAGCAAAUUUACCUGCCUUUCGCAAAGAAAAGGUCAAAAAAGAAUGUUAGAUUGACAAUGAGACAGAGAAUCAACACUGGUAUUGUAAUGGCAAUCCUAUGCAUGGUGGUGGCUGGAAUUGUUGAGAAGAACCGCCGGGAGACAGCUUUGAAACAGGGAUCUUUACUGUCACCUCAAAGUAUUCUACUGCUGCUGCCACAGUUUUCCUUGUCGGGUCUGAACGAAGGAUUUGCUGCUGUUGCUGUUAUGGAAUACUAUACCAACCAUUUGCCAGAGAGCAUGAGGACUCUUGCCGGGGCCAUCUUCUUUCUCAGCUUCUCUGCAUCCAGCUACCUCAACACGGUUAUUGUCAAUGUAGUCCACCAUGUGACUGCUAAACUUGGGAAAACACCGUGGUUGGGUGGACGUGACCUCAAUAAAGUUAAACUCGACAACUUCUACUACCUUAUUGCUGGUUUAGCAUUAUUAAAUCUUCUGUAUUUCAACCUCUUUUCAUGCCGCUAUUUGGAGAAGAAUGCUGAUAAAAGACCUGGAUCUAGGCACGAGGACAAGGGGUUAGAGAUGAAUGAAAAUGUUUAACGACAUAAACUCUCUGAUUUUGCUGCAAAGUCUCGAUUCCUUUUUGGUAUCAUGCACCAAUCGCCAGAGUCUUGAGUUGUAUCUAUAGGGUGUUUCGUUACCUUGCCUCUGCAAGGUCUUUCUUCUUCUUCUUCUUCUUCUUCAGUUGAGUUAACGUGUCAUUUUCUUUUUGCAAUUUGAAAUGAAGGUAUGAAUUUAGCUUUUAAGCUCUCAAA